AUGGCGCCGCGCCAGCGGGAGCCCCGCCGGGGCCCGGGGGAGCCGGCGCGUCCCGCCCCGCCCGCCGCCACCCGCCCGGCCGCGCUGGCCCUCGUCACCCUCCUCAGCUUCGCCUCCCGCUUCCACCGCCUGCGGGAGCCGCCGCACGUAUGUUGGGAUGAAACUCAUUUUGGGAAGAUGGGAAGUUACUACAUUAAUCGGACCUUCUUCUUUGAUGUCCAUCCCCCUUUGGGGAAGAUGCUGAUUGGACUUGCUGGCUACCUUAGUGGCUAUGAUGGUACAUUUCCUUUCCAAAAGCCAGGGGAUCGAUAUGAGCAGCACAACUACCUAGGGAUGAGAGGGUUUUGUGCAUUUCUUGGCUCCUGUCUGGUUCCCUUUGCCUACCUCACGGUGUUGGAACUGUCAAAGUCAUUGCCAGCAGCCUUACUCACAGCUUUCAUCCUUAUUUUUGAUACAGGCUGUAUUACAUUGUCCCAAUAUAUUCUGCUGGAUCCCAUCCUAAUGUUCUUUCUCAUGGGAGCUGUUCUGAGUAUGGUGAAAUGUAACAGCUGUGCAGACAGGCCAUUUUCUGCCUCCUGGUGGUUCUGGCUCAGUCUGACUGGUGUGAGCCUUGCUGGAGCAAUGGGGGUAAAAUUUGUUGGCCUUUUUGUAGUCCUCUUGGUUGGCCUGAACACAAUCUAUGACCUAUGGGACUUGCUGGGGAACCUCAGCCUGUCACUGGUCAUGUUUGGGAAACAUUUACUGGCUCGUGUACUCUGCCUCAUCGUGCUCCCACUUGCCCUCUACACGGCUAUGUUUGCUGUUCAUUUUGCAGUGUUAAAUAGAAGUGGUCCUGGGGAUGGUUUCUUCAGUUCAGCUUUUCAAUCGCAGCUGAUUGGGAACAAUCUUCAUAAUGUCUCCAUUCCAGAGCAUUUGGCAUAUGGGUCUGUGGUCACAAUGAAGAACCUUCGGAUGGCAGGGGGAUACCUUCACUCCCACUGGCACCUCUAUCCAGAGGGCAUUGGGGCUCGCCAGCAGCAGGUCACUGCCUACUUACAUAAAGAUUUGAAUAACCUGUGGCUCAUAAAGAAGCAUGAUUCAGAUACAGAUCUGUCUGACCCCUCAAGCCCUGUGGAGUUUGUGAGGCAUGGAGAUAUUAUUCGUCUGGAACAUAAAGAAACUUCUAGAAAUCUGCACAGUCACCAGCAUGAGGCUCCCCUGACAAGGAAGCAUUUUCAGGUCACUGGCUAUGGAAUAAAUGGAACAGGAGACUCCAAUGACUUCUGGAGGAUUGAAGUGGUAGGCAGAAAGACUGGGAAGCUCAUCAAAGUCCUACGGAGUCAGGUCAGGCUAACCCAUGUGGCCACAGGGUGUAUAUUGGGAUCUUCUGGAAAGACUCUGCCAAAAUGGGGCUGGGAACAAGUAGAAGUCACCUGCACACCAUACCUGAAGGAGACACCCAAUUCCCUCUGGAACUUUGAAGAUCAUAUUAACCCUAAAUUGCCCAAUAUCAGCCUGGAUGUUUUGAAGCCUUCUUUUGCAGAAAUUCUGCUAGAAUCCCACAUGGUUAUGAUCCGGGGAAACAGCGGCCUCAAACCAAAGGACAAUGAAGUUACAUCCAAACCUUGGCACUGGCCCAUCAACUACCAGGGGCUGCGUUUUUCUGGUGUCAAUGAGACGGAUUAUCGGGUUUAUUUGCUUGGAAACCCGGUGAUAUGGUGGCUAAAUCUGGUCACUAUUGGGUUAUAUCUUCUGAUAACACUUUGCACUGCAGUGGCACUGAAGAGAGGUGUCCAGCUGACAUCUGAACUCAAAGAACUGUCCAGAGUUGUGCUACGAGCUGGAGGGCAGAUCACACUGGGCUGGCUCCUUCAUUACCUCCCUUUUUUUAUGAUGGGACGAGUUCUCUACUUCCACCACUACUUUCCUGCAAUGCUUUUUUCCAGCAUGUUGACAGGAAUCACCUGGGAUGCACUACUGAAGUUCUGUGCUGUGUUCUUGUCAUGCAGCACUACAGCUAGAAAGGUAUAUGGAGGUGGAUUCCUGGCACUGGUUCUGCUCAUCCUGUACAGCUUCUACCUCUUCCAUCCACUGUCCUAUGGGAUGAUAGGACCCAUGGCCACCAGCCCUAACAGCCCCAUGGCAGGGCUCCGGUGGAUGGACUCCUGGGAAUUCUAGAGCAAAGGAAGCCUGGGAGCAGCGGAUCAGAAACAGGAGAUCUGCUGCAUGUCAGGCUGAUUCUGGUGCUUUGAAGACAUGACUAUAAAAUGCCCUCUCUGGAGAACUCUGGGUAUAGUAACCCUGUUGCUUUGUCAUUUGUUUGCACUGCCUGCAUUGGAAGAUGCAGAGGAUGAGAAGGUCCCCUUAAAUUAAGAGACUCAUGUCCUGAAUCCUUAGGUUAUAUUAAUGGACAACUGGCUGCCUAAAUGCCAAUUCCUUGAAGCAGUAUAUGUCAGUCAAACGGCAGUGGCAUUCCAGCAGCCAGACCAGUACAGGUUGGAGGCUGUCUGCAGUUGCAUGUACACUGUGUGUGUGUGUGUUUCUUCCUUCUUGUAAUCUAAGCACCACUACAGUUUGAAGCACUAUAGGACUUCUAUCAUGAUUAACAACAUUUCUUAUGGUGAGAUUUUCAAAAGCUUACUGUAAGUAUCUGGGGACCUUCAUUCUACCUGCCUUGGCUAUUUGAAGGUUUUUUUGUUCUGACCCUGGAAUUUUAAAAUUUGACUGAAAGGGUCUGUUUGAAAUCUCCUGAGCCAUUGUGCCUUGCCUGUCUCCCAGGCCCUCUGCAGAGAUGGAAAUUGUUUAUUCCUAUAUAUUGCCUUGCUUUCUGGUCACCUUUAAUAAUUUAUACAACUCACCUAGUAGGUCUGUUUUCAGGGCCAGACUGUUCCAGCUCAGCUCUUUGUAGCUUCUUUCAGUUCUGUCUGAAGGUGCCAAGGAAAUUACAGUAGAAAUGGCAGGUGAUAUAUUUUCAGCCCCCUGAAAAUUUUCAUUUUCAGUAUGCCAUGGAGACCAGCAUGAGGAUGUACUAGAGACUGUAAUGAUAGCUUGAAAAUCUUACAGCUGUCAUUCAGCUUUUGUUCCCAGCUAUUUCAGUGCCAGUGCCUGUGCUUUUAGGGGAAGGCUUCAUUUCAAUGCAUGUGGCAUCUGCAAAAUUGGCUGCUGGUGCCAAAGUAUCUGCUCAGUGUUCCAUAUUGAAAAAGUUCCUUCUCUAGACUGCUGAACAUCAAAUUACAAGGAAAUGUGAGGACAGGCAAAAAUUCUUUGUCUGUGAAGUGUCAAGAGCUAUUGGAUGAUGAAUCCACCCCUUCCAAGAAAGCAGAAUUUGAUUUAUCAGGUGCCUUUGUCCUGUGUUAGGUCUAUUUUUGUCUAUGUUUCUUUUAUUCUGUUUCCUACUCUUCAUCCAGUGUCUAUUUCCUGUCACAGUUCAAGUUGCUACCUUGUAGCAUCCUACAUGAAUGACACUUAGAUCAUAGCUGUAUUCCUAUCUCAGGAAGUAAUAUUUUAAAAACUCUUUUGUGUAUGUUUCAAUUAACUCAUGCCUUUAAUUUCAGAGUUCUUGCUUUUCUUCACAGCCUUGCAUCAAAAUUACAGGUAGACAGAGAGUAGCAGGUCGGUGUGUCUGCCUUUAUACAUGGACUGUGCAUUUAUUUCUCUUACCAAAUCUUGGAUUCCAAUACAUUUCCUGCCACACAGAAGGGCUGCAUUAGCGUAGUUAGUUGUUCUGUGGGGAGGGACUAGACUCCAGUCAGACUUGCUUUGGUUCCUCUUUAAUAGAGAUCCAUAGCAUUGUUCAGUAAGGCAGCUGCUUGCUUUGUAAGGCUCUGGCUUGGUGUGUCACAUCUCUCAAGAAACUGAUUCCUGUAGAUGCUAGCUCAGAUGGGAUGGACCUGUGCUUUUGAUUGUAAAGGUUUUGAGUUGGUCACCUGCUGCUUAUACAUGGUGGGAAGUCAUAGCAGUAAUUAGCUGCUGGGUUUGAUGAUUCUUUUCCACUUGUUAUUGCAGGAAGUGCUCCUACCUGCAUGAGCCAGGGGUUCACAGAGGUGAUAUAUAGGCAAGACUGUCGUGGGGGAAGGCUGCAAACUUCUUCAGAACCUGCCAGAUCUGACAGCAGCAGCAAAUUGUUAACUGUUGGCAAUGUGGAAGGCAGAAAGUACAGUGCUACCUUGUAAUAAUGUGAUCCAGCAUCUUCUACUCUUGGUGAGAUUAUUGACUUAAUACAUUGCUAUCCUCAAUAUGAGCUUUCCCUAAGAUAGUGCUAUUGUCAUGGGGAGGAUUUGCCAGAAGAGCAAAAAAAAUCAUGCGAAAGCCAUGAUUUAAAGUGCCGUUUUUUCCAGCACAUACAAUUAUACACUUCCCUUUAUCAUUAACAACAACAAAAAAAAAACUAAGAAACUUGCGAGUGUUUUGGAAUUACUGUUUUUCACACCCUUUAUUCAUCAUAUUAAACCUUGGGAAUGCAAAAAUUGAGUCAGUAACCUUGGUCUCUUCAGUUAUUAUGAAGGAGUCAGUUUUGUAGGAGUUGCCUGAGGAAGAUGAACUGUUCCUUGGCUAGGAUCCCUCCAUCCCUUUUUACUAAUAAUCUUUUGGAUGUGGACUGGCAGCUGAGUGCUGAAGGGUGCUAAUUUAAUGUUCUCAUCCCACCUUCCUGUGCACAAGUCCAGCUUCUGUUUCAACACAGACAAAAGGUUUAUUUUUAUUUAGGACUGUCACUUCAGAAAUUCUCUUGACAGCAUUUGAUUGACAUUGAGACUAUUUCUUAGGUCUUGUGUGCUGGUAAGGGGGUGGAGGCAUACAGUGAAAAAAAAAAUCUAGCUAUUCCACAAGAGGGAGCAGCUUCCAGCAGAAUUUUUAUUUUUGAUCUUAAAAGUUAAAGUUAAAAGGAGUUAAAAGGAUUGAAAGGUAUACAUUGAAGACUAGAGGGCAGACAUUUCCUCUGCACUCUCUGGAUUCCAAGGGUUGGGUUUUGAAGUAAGUGUACAUUGAUGUAGCUCUGUCUUCUUUUGGGAGAAAAAUACUGGAAAAAUUACUCCAGUUAGAAUUUGACCUUCAGUAUUUGCUUCUUAAAACAAAACCUGUCAGACCAUUGCUGAAACAUAAUAGUAACUGAUAUUUUGUGAGGUCAAUAAAAUACAAUAAUUUGGAUUCCC